AUGGGACGAGUUGUCGAUGUCAGAAGGGAGGCAAGAAGAUUCGGUAGGGAGAAUGUCGCGAUCGAGUGUCUUGAUUUAUCGAGAUGUAUCGAGUACGCGCCAGCCAUUCUAUCGAGCGUUUCGGAGGAAAUAGGAGAUACGUUAGUUCGACGAACGGUCGUCGGUCACAAAAAUCUGAGGAAGUAUCCGGUUAUGAUGUUCAUCCACGGUGAAAGCUUUGAGUGGAACAGUGGUAAUCCUUAUGAUGGCACUAUAUUAGCGGCUUACGGCAACAUUGUUUUUGUUACCAUUAAUUUUCGACUUGGUAUUCUAGGUUUCCUGAGACCUGGAAUUAGAGACGAUACAGCAAGCAAUUUUGGACUGUUAGAUCAAAUAGCAGCAUUACUUUGGCUAAGGGAAAACAUUGCGGAGUUUGGCGGCGACCCUAAUAGUGUUACUUUGGUCGGCCAUGGAACUGGAGCUAUCUUUGCUAAUCUACUUCUAAUCAGUCCAGUUGCCAACAAAAAAGGAUUGUUCAAACGGGCUAUUCUGAUGUCAGGGUCGGCAAUGAGCGCGGACGCCAUCGGCAAGGCGCCAUUGCAAAUUACCAAGCAG